AUGGAUAUGGACAUGGUUGAUUUAAUGGAUAUCGAGGACAUGGAAGUCACCGAGUUGUUACAAACACCACGCAUCCAGGAUGACACAGCCGAUUUACGUGGACUCUCACAACCUUUUAUAAGUCAAACAUGUAAAAAAGUUGCAGACGCCAUUGCUCAAAUAUCACAUAGAUUUAUAAAAAUGCCUGCUACAUUAACAGAACAAGAGGAAGCAAUGCAAAAAUUUCGUAGAAUAGCAAACUUCCCUACAGUGAUUGGUGCUAUUGAAUGUACUCAUAUUAGAGUUAAAAAGUUAAAUGUAGACGGUGGUCAUCUAUAUAUUAACUGCAAAGGAUUUCCAUCCCUCAAUAUCCAGGUAGUUUUUGAUGCAGAUUGUAAAAUCAUGGACAUUGUUACCAGGUGGCGUGGGAGUGUUCAUGACUCCAGAAUAUUUAGGGAAAGUCGUUUGAAGCAGCGAUUUGAGGCUGGUGCAUUCUCAGGCAUAUUGUUAGGAGACAGUGGCUAUGCUUGUAUACCGUAUUUGUUUACACAAUUAUAA